AUGCCCCCGCGACGCCUUGUCAACCGUGUGGGCGGGGACGUCCGAACAUAUCGCUCGACGCCCGGCCCCGAGGCCGAAGAACCAGUCGACUACGAGCCACCCUCGUUCCCUCUCAGCGCAGAGGCCAUCAAUAAUAUCCAGAAAUUGAGCAAUGGACGCGAUGCUUCGGACUUGUGGUCCACGUACAAGGAUCAAGUCAAGGAGGCUUUGCGAAAUCUGGGUCACAGUGUCUACGACAUGAACGACAGAGUUAAGCAGCAGCAGAGGGCUCUUGCCAAAAUGCAAGCCGACCGCGCGAAGCACGGGACAGAGAAAUCAGAUGACGAGGAGAAACUGGAACAACACAUAACAGCGCUUCAGUCGGAAGUCGACGAGCUGACCCAGCGGUCGGAGUUUGCCGUGAGGACAUGCAUAGACCGGAAUAAUGCCAUUGAGGACGACAAGACGAUCCUAGGGGACCUGUACACGCAGAGCCACGCCAACUUCCAUCAGCGUCGGUGCAGAGGAGACGAGGAUAAUGUGGAAGCGCCUGCCGAGAGUGUGCUGACGGCUCUGCAACAACAGCGCGCGGAGAAGAACAGCCACUGGGCAUCUCUGGAAAACCGGCGAAAGUAUGCGCAGCACAAUGACUACAUUGCCUUUAAGAAGCUGUGGCACGACGGAGCCGUGGGGGACGAUGGUCCGCCGUUGGCAGAUUCGUCCAAGUGGUUCAAGCCGGACGGAGCGCCUGUCAUGGUGGCGCUGGGUUCCUCUCGAGGACCGGCCGAAGACGAGUCCGACGAGGAUAUCGCCGUCGCCCGCGAGGUCGUCAGCCUGAAUUGUCCCCUGACCCUCCGGCCGCUGGAAGAGCCCUACAGCAACACUAAAUGCAAGCACACUUUUGAAAAGGAUGCCAUCAAGGAUUACUUGCGCAACGCUACCAGUCAGGUGCAGUGUCCGCAAACCGGGUGUGCUGAGAUCUUCAGCUGGCGAACGUUCCGCGAUGACUUCUACCUCGACCAAGCUGUCCUCCGUAGGAUCCAACGGGCAAAGCAGGCAAAGGACAAUGAUGAGAUGGAUGACGACUCCGACGAAGAUGAGUGA